CCGCCGCCGUCGUCACCGGCGCCCUGACCGGCGGGUCGCGUACCGGAAGACAGAGCGCGAGAGAGAGACAGCGCGCGCGAGAGAGAGAGAGGGGGAGAGAGGGAGAGGGGGGCCGGCAUGGGACACACUUCACAUCGGCGCCGCCGUUUGCGAGACGUGGUUCUGUUAGAUCCGGAGGUCCUGUUAGAUCCGGAGGUCGGGGCCGUCACAUGUACCGCGCUGCGCUGGACUGAGCAUGGCAUGGAUCGGUGAGAGGAAGGGAACACAACGGACACACGGUACCGCUGCUCUGUGCCGUCUGAGCGGGACGUCUAAACCCUUCUGAUCGUAAGCCCGGCUCGCAGACAUUGUGGACCCACUUUGUUUUGCACUGGGGGGGCCCCUGGACACCGCCACCUCGGGCUGGCCCGGGUUAAGUUGAUGCUGGCGCACCGCGCUCCCCACCAUUCUCCCCUGCACCUCCUCUUGCAUCUCUCCCCUCCCUCCACCCACCAUGGCCAUGAGCGGUGACCCUGGGUGUGAGAGGAUGGACCCCGACUCGGACGAGCGGAUCGGCGACCUCACAGACCUCAUGUCGGCUAUGACGACCAGCAAGCCGGGCGGUUCGUCAGCCAACGGUGUGAGGAACGGCACUCAGCAGGGCUGGGCUCAGCCCAAACAGUCCCAGCCGUCACGGCCCCACCUGUCAGGGAGGAAGCUGUCACUGCAGGAGAGAGGAUCCUGCUCGUCCACGGGCCCGGGAGGGGGCUACGCCCACAUCUCCCCCCGCAUGGCUCGCAGACCCACCGUGGAGUCCAAGCGGGUAUCCAUAUCGGACACACAGGACUGCAUCCAGCUGAAUCAGUACAAGCUGAAGAGUGAGAUAGGAAAGGGCUCUUAUGGUGUGGUCAAACUUGCCUACAAUGAGGACGACGACAAGCAUUAUGCCAUGAAACUGGUGUCCAAGAAGAGGCUGAUGAAGCAGUGUGGUUUCCCACGUCGUCCGCCCCCCAGAGGACCCAAAGCGGCCCAGGGAGAGCAACCCAAAAUCUUAGGACCCCUUGAAAGAGUCUACCAAGAGAUUGCCAUCCUUAAAAAGCUGGACCACGUAAAUAUUGUCAAGCUGGUGGAGGUGUUGGAUGACCCUACGGAGGAUAACCUUCACAUGGUAUUUGAGCUAAUGCACCAGGGUCCGGUGAUGGAGGUGCCCACCGACAGUCCUUUCUCAGAGGAGCAGUCGAGGAUCUACUUCAGAGACAUCAUCCUGGGCAUCGAGUACUUGCACUACCAGAGGAUAGUCCACCGGGACAUCAAGCCAUCUAAUCUGCUGUUGGGAGAUGAUGGCCACGUGAAGAUCGCCGACUUUGGCGUCAGCAACCAGUUCGAGGGCAGCGAUGCUUUGCUCUCCAGCACAGCAGGCACUCCGGCUUUCAUGGCCCCCGAGACCCUUUCAGACAACUGCAAGAGCUUCAGCGGAAAAGCGCUGGAUGUGUGGGCAAUGGGAGUGACUCUCUACUGCUUUGUCAUUGGCAAGUGCCCGUUCUUCGAUGAGUACAUCCUGGCGUUGCACAAUAAGAUAAGGAGCAAGUGUGUGGAAUUCCCAGAGUCACCAAACAUCAGUGAGGAGCUGAGGACUCUGGUCCUGCGGAUGUUGGAUAAAAACCCAGACAACAGGAUCACCAUCCCGGAAAUCAAGAUGAAUCAGUGGGUGACGCAGGGAGGAGCUGACCCCUUACCGUUGGAGGAAGAGCACUGUUCUGUGGUGGAGGUGACAGAAGAGGAGGUUCAGAACUCGGUGAAAUACGUCCCCAGUCUCUCUGCGGUGAUCUUGGUUAAGGCCAUGUUGAGGAAGCGCUCCUUUAGUAAUCCCUACGAGUGUCCCAGCCGGAGGGAGGAGAGGUCCAUGUCGGCGCCUGGUAACCUGCUGAUGAAGGGAAGCAGUGGCGAUGGGCCCAGGGAAGGAGAGCUGGAGGACCUGUAUGAAGAUGAGCCGUCCUCUUGAGUCCUUACGGCGUCUCCAGUCAGCCCAGCUUCCUCUUUAUGUCCUUUUGGUCCAACCACUGUACCCUCGCCCCUCUUCAUCCUCUACAUUCUCCUAAACUCCACCAAUUUGUCCGAGCUUGUCCGUCUAUCAACUGUAAAUGCCUGAGAACCGUCGUUGAUGAUAUAUUACCCCUAGAGAUGCAUGCCUCCAAUGCUCUUGUUUGACUGACAUGCAAACCUGUGCCUGUAGGCUGUUGGUGUUUUUUACUUCGUCCCUGUCCCUGUCCAUCAGAUGAUCCUUUCUGUUUACCCGUCUCCACUGCUCUACUCUAUAUUUCUCCUUUUCUUUCAAGGUUUUUAGCAGUAGGGACACCAUCUUGCAUUUCGUCUACUUUAUCUCAUCAACUCAGCUGUUUACCGCUAUGACUGAGAGCGCUCAAGGAACUCCGUCAGCUCUGCGGAUGAAUUUACCUUCUCAUGUUGUUUUUCCCUCAGCAUACGACUAAAGCAUGUACGCCCGCCUGCUGGCA